GAGAGCAUAGUCCCAUAAUGUCUAAGUUUCCUCAUUCAUCCCUGAGCAGAGAUAUGCCUGAUAAACACAGACGUGAUGCAUCCAGAAUGGGCCCUUUCUCGAGUAAUCAGCCUUUAUCAUCCGGCUUUGGUCGAUUAGGCCCAAGCUCUAGUCGUCUCACCAGCUUGUUGGACAUAGGUCCAGCCUCUAAAUUGGGCCCACAAGGAUCCCAUGGCAUGAUGCCCUCUGGCACCUUUUCUCAAAACUUGCCGUCCAUUUUUAGCCUUAGUAGUAGAGGUCCACCACCUUCUCAACCAUCCAGAGAUCCUAAUCAGGCUGGAAAAAUAUUGGCCAGCUUUGGUCUUUCCUCUAGUGACUUGGAUGAGUUGAGUCGCUACCCUGAGGAAAAGAUCACCGCUGAGAACUUGCCUCAGAUUAUUGAGCAUCUUAAAAGAAGGAGGUCAGAAGACAUAGCCCUGCUAAGCUACAGAGAGAGACUCUCUCGCGAUACGCCAAGGCCUUUGCGCGAUGACUGGGAUGACCUCAGGCCCAUCCGAAGAGAGAGUUUUGAUGAUCGCCCGUCUAGUCUCAAUCCUGUGGUUGACUAUGAUCAUGGGGACCGCUCUCGAAAACUUGCUUAUCGAGAGAGACUGGAUAUGGAUGAACGGCUAAGAGAUCGAGAAAGGCUUAGAGAUGACCGCUUCUCUUCUGAACCCCCUUUUCGUAAGCUUGAACGUGAUUAUGAUCGCUUGAGUUACAUUCAGACAGAAGAAAGAUCUAUGUAUGACAAGUCAAGAGGAAUGCCAACCAGUAGAAGUAUUGAUGAUUUCCAUGGACUUGCGCCUAAAGACUACCCCCAUCUCUGUACUCUGUGUGAUAUACCUUGUAAUUCUAUUAAGAGCUGGAAUGAACACAUCAAUGAUAGAUACCAUAAAAAGCAACGUCUGCUGUUGCUGGAAUUGGCCAAGCCUUACACGCUGCACCAGUCAACCAAUCCAGGCCCUGGACUAUUGGGACCUCCUCCUCCAGCGAUGCCCAUGAGAGGCGGUCUUGAUGAUCGACAUGGCGACUUUAGGAGUCACCUAGGAAAUGAAGACAUGCCGGGACCAAGACAAAUGCCAAGGAAAAUGGGCAAUGGCAGGGUGGUUCAUAUCAUGGAGUUUCAACGAGGGAAGAACUUGUGGUUCCAGCUUCUGAAACUCGCUGAGCCCUUUGGAAUGGUCACCAACAAUCUAAUUCUUAGUAAAAUGAACGAGGCUUUCAUUGAAAUGUCCACUCCAGAGGAGGCUCAUGCCAUGGUUGAAUACUAUAGUAAUAAUCCUGCUCUUGUUUUUGGGCAUCCGGUUCAAGUACACCUGUCACAAAAAUAUAAGCAGAUUAAGAAACGCGAAAGGACUGAAAAAAAACAAGAGGCGCAAUCAGACCGGAAACCAGACGUUGGCUGCGUCGUACACCUUUCUAACCUUCCACAAUCUGGCUAUACUGACAGCGCAGUUAUAAAGCUGGCUGAGGCCUUUGGAAAAGUGAAGAAUUACAUACUUAUGAGAAUGAAAAAUCAGGCUUUUAUUGAACUGGAGCAGGCAGAAGAUGCACAAACCAUGAUAGAUCACUGUAGCAACACCCCUCUUCUCUUCCAAGGGAAGAAUGUAAAAGUAGGCCUCUCUCAGCGGUACAAGAAACUUGUAUUAAGAAUUCCGAAUAUGUCAAUAGAAAACCAAAAAGACAAGAGCAGGAAAAGAGCUCAUUCCCCAGAUCGGAAGAAUGAUGGUAAACCGAAGCAGCUCAAGGUUGACAAAUCGGAGUCCAGCGAUGCAGAUAAUUCCUCCCAAGUGGUUACCACAGAAGAUAAUGACCCAAGCACUGAAGAAACUGAUCUGAAGGACCUCGUGUCUGGCUCAUGUGAGCUUGCAGAAGAGAUGGGUGAUGAAGAAGCAACUGCCCUCUUGGAAACGAGCAGCUCCGUGGGAGAUGGGGCAGAAGUACCUGACAUUAGUGAUCUGGAUCAGGAAGAGAUGAGCGAAAACCAAGGAGAGGCCCAAGAGCUGCUUUCUUCAACUCCUGCAGUUGUAGAAAGGAAAAAGAGUUCGCAGAGCUUCCACGGGAAUAUGGAAGAUUUUGUUACUCUGGAUGAAGUUGGGGAUGAGGAGAAUAUAGAAGGUCACAAGAUAAAAUUGGAUGUUUCUGAGAUUGCUGACAAUGAGACAGGGGUGAGCUCGGUGAUGACCAGCACUAGUGUGGAGGAUGUCCUUGCAGGUGUUAAAAACACACUUGACAAUGAGAGUGCUACAGAAACCAGUAACCUAGCAGGACUGACUACAGAUUAUGAGCUUGGACCCUACCAGCCUAAUAAUCCUGUUGGAGUGAACUAUGUGAUUCCCAAGACUGGCUUCUACUGCAAACUGUGCUCGCUGUUCUACACAAGUGAGGAGGUGGCAAAGGUUACACAUUGCAGCAGCCUGGCUCACUAUCAGAAGCUCCAGAAACUUCUGACCAAGACCGCCAAAACUCCAGAGAAGAAAAUCUGA